UAGCUCGAUUGUUCUGUCCCGGAGCCAUGGAGCGGGCACGAGGGGCCGGGGUCUAGGAGGGCAGAUCUGGUGUCACCAGCCGGCUCAGCGGUGUCACCUGCCCGCCGACGAGACCUGCGUAAUACCGUCAGCUGAGAGAAACGUGGGCUCCUGCUUUCCUUGACCUUUCUUCACCUUGGAGAGCUGCAGAAUGGAUCGUGGUUGGUAGCUCCCCUCCUGCUCGGCCUCGGGACAGUGAGGAAAGUUCAGCAGUGCUUGCGGUGGGAGCCAGGGAGCUGGGCUGCUUUGCAGCAGGCUUACACAUUAAACCAUCGUAUCAAACACGCGCCGCGCUCUGACCAGAAAUGUAACCCGAGGAGAAAGGACACCGGUGUGUUUGAGCACGCCGAGGGAUUCUUGUAUGACCUGUCACUCUUUCAGCGCUGUAGCCUGAGCAGGUCUUACUGGUUUUUACCGAAGUGGUGGGAGCUGAAUGGGGUGUGGGCUCAUUUCUAUUCGUCCACAAGCAUCUCUACAAUCUUCUCUUCUCUUUUUUAAUUCCCCCCUGGAUAUAAAUCAGAGAAAUUGGGUCCAUCGAGUUGGCUGCCACCUGGGCUCAACCCAGCUGAAUCAAUUUUGGAGGAUACCCUUGCUGCAAUCAUCUGGACGUGCUCCUAGGAGGAGAAGAAACUAAAGGAAUUUGGCAUCGUUGCUGUAGUUUGAGGAAAAACAUUCCUUCUGACUUUGGGGAGAGCUACAAGGAGGAUCUGUGUGAUGUCCUGAUCUCCCUCCAUUUUCCUGCUGAGCAUGGGGUAACAGUGUGUGACCAUGGUGGUCACCCAGUUACAGCUGGAACUGUGCUUCCACGGCAAGAAGCUGAGAGGUUUCACCUGCAAGUUGACCAGGUCAGCCAGUGGAUUUCUCCCAGAGACUUCAUUCUCCAUUGCCUCCCAGAUUUUUGUGCCGUUCCUUCUGGCUGGCUUGGGAAUGGUGGCUGCUGGCCUCUUGAUGGAUGUUGUUCAACACUGGGAUGUGUUUCGGACAAUUACAGAAGUGUUUAUCCUGGUUCCUGCCUUGGUUGGCCUGAAGGGUAAUCUGGAGAUGACACUGGCAUCCAGGCUCUCCACUGCUGCUAACACUGGACAGAUGGAUGAUGCCCAGAAGCAAUGGAAAAUGGCCACCUGCAAUUUAGCCCUUAUCCAGGUCCAGGCCACUGUGGUGGGACUUCUGGCUGCUGUUGCUGCUGUGAUCCUGGGAGCCAUCUCCAAGGGCUCUGUGGAGCUGAGCCAGGCUGCUGUGCUGUGUGCCAGCAGUGUGACCACAGCCUUCAUAGCUGCACUUUCCCUUGGUCUGGUGAUGAUUGGUGUGAUCAUUGGAGCAAGGAAAGUUGGGAUCAACCCAGACAAUGUCGCCACUCCCAUAGCAGCGAGCCUUGGAGAUUUGAUAACCCUUUCCCUCCUCGCAGGAAUCAGCAGCACACUCUUCAAAUACAUAGAUGUGAAGUACCUUUCUCCUCUGAUCUGUGCUGUAUUCAUUGUCAUGAUCCCUCUCUGGGUUGCUAUUGCCAAGCAAAGUCCUUCCCUGGCCGAAGUCCUGAAGUCUGGGUGGCAGCCAGUUAUUGUGGCCAUGAGCAUCAGCAGCAUUGGUGGGCUCAUCCUGGACAAAACUGUAACUGACCCAAACUUUGAAGGCAUGGCAGUUUUCACACCUGUGAUUAAUGGUGUUGGAGGGAAUCUGGUGGCCAUCCAAGCUAGCAGAAUUUCUACAUUCCUGCAUUUCUGGAGCAUGCCUGGAGUUUUGCCAUACAAGAUGAGGCAGAACUGGCCCAACCCAUGCACCACCUUCUUCUCAUCAGGGGUGAAUUCCAAGUCAGCCCGUGUCCUGUUCCUCCUGGUGAUCCCAGGACACCUCGUGUUCCUCUACACCAUCCAUCUGCUGCAGGGAGGCCACACGUCCCUGUCCUUCACCUUUGUGAUGUUCUAUCUGGCUGCUGCUUUGCUGCAGGUGGGGAUCCUGCUCUACGUGGCUGACCUGAUCGUGCGCCUGAUGUGGAGGAAGGCUCUGGACCCGGACAAUUUCUCCAUCCCCUACCUCACUGCCCUGGGUGAUCUCCUGGGCACUGGAUUCCUGGCCAUCUGUUUCCGUCUCGUUUGGCUCAUCCACGGCACAGAUAUGAACCUGGGGAACUGAGAGUCCAUGUGCUGCUGUCAUCCCUCGUGUGACAUGGUGCUUUCCUCUGGGGCACUGGGGGACCUGGCUAUCAGUGCUGGGUCUCCCCUGCCAUCCCAACACCCCUCCCGCCCUUCCCGUUGUGCCUUAAAGACAGGCUCACCCGUCCCAAGGAAUCAGCACCGCAGACUUGUGCCCUUGCAAGUGAGCAAGAUCAUUCUGAGAAGCACCUGCUGCUCACACCUGCACCUGGCAAACAAGGCAACAAGGAGCAUUUGGGGCACUGGGAAAGGAGGAGCGUUUGGGCCGUGGUCUCAAUCCCCAGCACUGACACAGCCCCGAGGCUGCUCCAAAGCCUGCCGAGGUCACUGCGUCCGAUCCUGCAAGUGGAUGUUGCAGCCCCUCCAUCGGACUCUGACUUUCCAUCAAGGGGAAUUCUUUAUUCACCCCAGUUUUCUGCUGCUGAACCCCUGGAGUAGCAGAGCAACCAGGUCUUUAAACUUGUCUGCUCUCGUUUGCUCAGAGGCAUAGGAUCUGAGGCAGUGAGCUGCUGGCUCAUGCCCAGCAGGAGGUUAUCUAGGGAUACCACCUACCUGCCCUGACAGCAUUGCUGGUGCCUGACCAAAAAGCUGGUUAGAUUGCAUUUUGGGGGCAGGAAGAUUUGUUUUUACGGUUUAUGAAAUGUCCAGUAGUUACAAUGUUUAUAGAAACACACGCAUAAAUAAAGUGGGUAAA